UUAAGGCGGCCCAGCUCCAACACAAGGAGAAGCUGCUGGCGGAGCUGGAGAAGAUGGAAGCUCAGCGAGUGGCAGAGACCAAGAUCGGAGGAGGACGAGGAGGGAGCCUGGGUGCCCAGGGCCGUGAGGGUUACCCUGAGCUGGUCACCAUCAUUUCCACACUCGAGGAGUCAGCCGCAGCCCACGAGCAGCUGGCCUGGAACACGCUGACGGAUGGCGAUGACCAGGAGGAGGAGCGGAGGAACUGGGGGCAGUUUGUCAAGCGGCCGAUGGAGCCCAUGGACCCCACCUACGAGCUCUUCGGCACCAGCUUCACCGCGUGCCUGAGCGACGGCCUGACGGUGCUGGGGGGUGGGCCGGGGAUGGGCAAGACCGUGGCCUUGCGCCGGCUCCUGGCCCAGUGGGCCACCUCACAGGCUGAGACCGGGCCCGAGGCCUUCUACCCGCAGUUCCACUUCGCCCUCUACUUCGAGCUAGGCCGGGGCACGGAGGAGCCGUGCAGCCUGGAGUCCCUGGUCACCCGGGCCUACCCUCACCUGGGCCGCCUGCUGCCCUACCUGUGGCAGACCCCCGAGAGCCUGCUGCUGGUCUUCGAUGGCCUGGAGAGGCUGAAGGGCUGGCCCGAGGGGGCGACCGGCUCCAGCCUGAUGGAGCCCCAGGAUGAGGCGGCGGUCCCCGCCCUGCUCUGGGCCAUGUGCCAGGGCCGGCUGCUGGCCGGCUGCACCCUGCUGAUAUGCGGGCGCCACCAGGCCCUGCGGCCUUUCCAGCAGACCGGCGUGCAGCUCUGGGUGGAGGCCGCCGGCCUGGGUGAGGCCUCGCGCCGGGCCUACGCCGCAGGCUUGGCCCCCCGCCGAGGCGAGCCGCCCUCAACCGCCCUGGAGAGGGCCCAGGGGCAGAGCGACUACCUCAGGGGCCUGUGCCGCGAGCCGGCCUACUGCUGGCUGGUGUGCUGCAGCCCCUUGGACCCGACGGAAGGCCCCUUGCCCCGCACCACCACCCAGCUCUUGGCCACCUACCUGCGGGGGGCGCUGAGAGAGGAGCAGCAGGCCCCAGGAGGCCUCCCGGGUCUGGUCUCCCGCCUGGGCGACUUGGCACUGGAGGGGCUGGCCCAGAGGACGCUCCGCUUCCGCGAGGAGGAUUUCCGGCGGCACGGCCUGGAGGCCUCGUCGCUAGGCCGGGGCCUGGUGCAGAGGGUGGGCCAGGCCUACGCCUUCCCGCAGCCUCCGCUGCAGGAGUUCCUGGCGGCGCUGGCCCAGUACCUGGCGGAGGACGGGCGCAGCCUGCUGGAGCUGCUGCACGCGGCCCACGGCAGCGACGAUGGCCGUUACCAGGGUUACCUGCGCUUCCUGCUGGGCCUGUCCUCCCGCUCGUCCUCCCGGGCCCUGGAGGGCCUGCUGCCCCCGCUCCCGCACCGCGCCGUCUGCGACGCCAUCCUCUGGCUGGAAGGCCUGGUCCAGAGCGAGGGCAAGAAGCGGGAGGUGAGCCGGCGCCGACUCCUCAACGUGGCGCACUACCUCCACGAGGCGCGGAACCAGAGACUGGCCCGGCAGCUGGCCCGCUCCGUCUCCCGGCUGCCCCUGGGCAGCGAGAAACCCCAGGCCGGCAUCCGGCUCGACCCUCCAGACUGCGCGGCCCUGGCCUACGUCUUCAGGCACUGCGAGUCCAUCGACACCUUCAGCUUCGACAACUGCUACGUGCAGGCCGAGGGCAUCCGGCACCUCCUGCCCGCCUUCCUGAACUGCAAACGCAUCAGGUAACCCGGCUGGUGGGGA